AUGGAUUUAGCUUCUGUCAGACAAUGGACCACCAUCAAUACCACCCUGCCAGAGUACCCAUUGCCCUCGAACAGCGAGCGAGAGACAAUAAACACCAGGCGCCUCACUAUACGGCCAUUCAACGACAACAGACAAGAUCUGGAGGCGAUCCACACCUUGCGAGCCGAUCCCGAGAUGAUGCGUCAGAAUCCUCAAAGAAAGCCCGAUGCCGACGUGGAGGAAACGUACCAGAAGCAUUUCCAGCGUUUCAUCCCACCAAAUGAUACCAAGGUUCUGGCCUAUGCGAUCUGCCUAACCUCCACCGGGGAGUGCAUCGGAUACGGCGGUGGACUUGGUCGUGAUGGCAGUCUCGGAUGGCCAGAAGUGGGAUACGGAAUACGGAGAGAUCUCUGGGGUCAAGGGUAUGCGACCGAGUUUCUGGAGGGGUUUCUGGGCAUAUGGCGGAGAUUGCCACGGUCACCAGUGAAGCUCACCGUGGACGCGAGCACGGUUCAUGGUGACGGGGAGGUCAAGGAUGAGUGCGUCGUUGGAAUUACGUUCCAUGACCACGCGGCGAGCCACCGUGUCUUGGAGAAGAAUGAGUUCCAGAUGUGCAAAGCUUGGGAGGACAAGAACCCCUACGAUGAGAACAAGGUUGUCAGGCUCUAUGGAUGGGUCGCGAGAAGGGGCAAUGUAUAA